GCUUGCUCUGAGACUAAAAAAAGCAUGUAAAGCUUAGGCAACAAGCAGGGGCUAACUAUGGACAUUCAGUGCGCCACCCCAGAGACAGCGCCUGCGAGGCCUGCGGGUCUAGACAGUACUGGGACAAGCAAAAAUCUUAGAACCUGUCUGGUCGCCAAAUUCCACUCAACAAAAUCAUCCUCAGCAUUGCCGUGAGAACUUCCAUCCCCCCCAGCGACCUAGUCUACAGAUAUGAGUACUCAGCUCUCUGAACGCGACAAGAAGAAGCGUGACGAAGCCAACGUCAAGAUUCUGCAGGAGUUGCUGACGCUUCCGGAUAAUCAAUGCUGCGCGGAUUGCAACGAGCGCGGGCCAAGAUGGGCGUCAACGAACCAUGGUGUAUUCUUAUGCAUCCGAUGCGGAGGUCUUCAUAGGAAGUUAGGAACGCACAUAUCCAAAAUCAAGUCCAUUACGCUGGAUUCAUGGACGCCAGAGCAGAUCACGCACAUGAAAGAAUGGGGAAACAGGAAGGCAAAUGAGAAGCUCCUCGCGGGUGGAGCUCCUCCGGCACCGGCGCACAGUGACCAGGAGAUGGAGCAGUAUAUUCGGAACAAGUAUGAGAAGCGAAACUUUGAAACCAGCGGGGGCGCGAACCAAAGUGUCAACAUGAACCUCUCCCGCGAUGCCAACACAUACGCCAGCCAGUUGCGCACCUUGCAGGGCAUGGGCUUCACAGAUCAGAUCGGAAACCUUGGCGCUUUGAAACGUGCCAAUGGAAACAUGGACAAAACGGUCGAGUAUCUCCUUGCGAAGCAGUCUAGUUCCUCUCCCUCCGGAUCCGCAUCCCAGCCUAGCCGGGAUACCUCGCGUUCGACUACUUCGGCCCCGGCGCCUCGACAGCAAGCGCAGACGCAGCCUGGGGGAAGAUCCCCCGCCAUGCAGGCCGCGCUCAAGGCGCUGGAGGCCAUGGGCUUCCACAACGAGGAUGAGAACAUCCAGGCCCUCGCCGCGUCGAAUGGGCAGGUUGAGACUGCGGCGAACAAGCUGCUUGAUCUCAAGAACCGCCGUGGCCCGUCGCAGCCGUCUGCAAACUCGGCCAGCAAUGCUCAGCCGGUCAUUCCGCCUCGGAAUGAUUCGUCGACUCCCAAUCAGUUUGUUCUGGAACCUCCAUCGUCGUCGAAAAGGGCUGUUGCUAAUCGUCAGCAAGCCGCUGGCGACUUCCAGACGGCGAAUGCAGCAACUCAGCAGGCCGCGCCCUCGAACGACCCGUUCGGAGGCUUUGGUGCGGAUCUCUUCGCCCCACCAGUUGCUGCUGACCAGCAACAGCAGCAAGCUCAGCAAGGAUUUUCGCAAUCCUCAGCUAGUCUGAUCCCGCCGCCCUCUGGGACCAACCUGGCGCCUCAGCAACCCAAAGGUGUCGCGAAAGACAGCAUCAUGUCCUUGUUCAAUCAACCCGUGCAGAAUCAACAAGGCAUGUUUGGGGGUAUGGGGCAGCAAAUGGGAGGCUUUGGCGGAAACGUCGGGUACGGUAACCCGAUGCAGGGCGGUUUCCAAGGUGCUCAAGGUGGGCAGUUCAACAACUAUGGCGGAGGGCCCCCGCAGCAGAGCCAGCAGCAGGUGUUUCAGAACCAGUUCCAGCAACAACAGCAGGCUGUAAGGGCUGGUAACAAUCCGUUCGCUCCCCAGCAGCAGCAACAGCAGUGGGGACAACAGCAACAGUUCCAACAGCAGCCGCAACAGCAACAGUUUGGGUACCACGGUCAGUUCCAGCCUCAACAACAGCAACAAUUGUACGCAUAUGGUCCAGGUCAGGGACAGGCUAUACCGCGUACAGCACACGAUCUGCCUUUCGGUGCUUCUUCCCAACAACAGCAGCAGCCGUUGCAAGCUCAGAAGCCGCAGCAGCCGGAUCCUUUCGCGGAUCUAGGACCGUCUUUCAACAAUAACGCUGUAACGCAAGGACAAGCACCUAACCGCAAUCAAGCCCAGAAUUCGUUCUUUUAGAUGGGUCGGGCUAUUUGUAUGGGGCGUCUCUGGCUCUCCAUUUUUUGGGAGAUUUGUAUACCAACUUUUGCAAAUCCGUUCAUGGUCUCGGUCAAUAGAAAAGGCGAUGAUCGGGGUUACCGACCAUCCGUUUACGCGAAGUGUCACUCCUACGGCUGCGAGGCUUUCCCUGACCCAUUUCUUAACGACGCCC